AUGUCUCUAGAUGAGUCAAUUCUAGAGGCGGUAGCCCAAGGAAACGCAAUGGACUAUGAGAAAUGGCCUGCCAUGGUUGAGCCUGUGGUUGAGCGGCUAGAAGAUAUUGUCUACAAUGUGUUUCCUCGGCCAAGGAUUCCGUAUGAAGUGCCCUCGAACCGACUGCUGCCAUCGUCUAUCGCUCCGCUGCAGUCGCAAGACCCUUCCGGCCCGCCAAACAGCAGCAAUAAGGAAAACACAUCCCCGAUAGACUUGCAGGCAACACCGGGACAGACAAACCCUCCGGCAUCUACCCUCUUGCCGUCCAGUGAACGCGUGCCCGACUCACAGCCUCAAUCGUUCGUUGCUGCUUCCAACGACUCUUCUCUUGCCCCUCAACUAGUAUCGCUGCUAGACCAUAUUAAGAUAACCCUGCGGACGGUAUUCGACUUGAAACCUCCGCACACCAUCCAAAGACUAGCAGAGCUCAUCCUUCGACCAAAUGCCCAUUAUCGCACCCUUCCUGCCUACCUGCGAGCGGUCGACCGGGUCGUUUCCGUCACCAGCGGUGCAGACAUCUUCCCCCUUCAAGUACAGUCAAGAGCCGAGCAGCCGAACGGGCUCUUGAACGGCGGGACAAGUAGCGGGUUCAUGAUGAGCGAUCAUAAUCUGGGAAGCGACGAGUCGUUGGGCGGCGCCCUCUUGACACCGAUUCCCUGGCUGAGCAACGUAUCAGCGGAGGAUGCAGAUGCAGUUCUCUCAGGCGAGACUAAAUUCACAGCGCUGGAUACCUCUACCGAGAAUAACCAAGAACUUGAUCUUAAUUCGCUCGAACCACAAUCUUCUACCACUGUCGCCGACAAUGCGGUCGAAGCUAUCAAUAUUUCCUCAUCUGGUCUGGCCGAUGCUGAAUCCGAUGAGGCUCCCCAUGCCCGCGGUCCCCGGGUGGUCGGGGUGGAGGACAUGGGUCUGCAAGAUGGCAAGGGUGUUGAGAUGACACUUGCAGAUGCUGACGACAAGGCGUCGGGCGCCGGGGCCUCGAAUGAACAACAAAUGGACCAGGACGGGACGGAGACAGAUGCUAUCUCGACCAAGGGCAUCGCCGUCGAUGGAGACGGGGAUAUCGUCUUGGGUGACGAUGACAUCAAGGCAACUGAGCAGGACUCUUUGAUGGAAUCGACUGACCAUGGCAAACAAGCCGACGAAGCAUCCUGUUGA